UCUGCCUCGGAGGUGGGACCGUGGGAUGGGGGUGCACAGAGAGAAAGUGUUUAGAUAAGUGAGUUCCGGGAUUCGUCUCUAGCGGUAGAGACGGAGGUCGUCGGUCAGUUGGGCAUUUUCAUCAUCUGCAAAUAAUUUUGGCCAGAUGGCAAGUUCAUGGACUCUGGAGUGAGAAUAACCAGCUUCUGGCCCUGAUUUGGGAUCAAGACCUUUUGUGUGAUAGAAGAAGGAGGAGAUUCCAGGCUUGGGAGAUCAUUGUUUCUGGUAACAGAUGGACCUGAGAUAUCUGACCACAACUUCCAAAAAGGCCCAGAGAAGACAGAAGACAGAACACUCCCUAGAGUUACUAGUCCUUUCUUAAGAACAGAAUAAAAUGACCAAGGCCCAGGGAUCGUUAUCAUUCAAGGAUGUGGCUGUGGGCUUCACCUGGGAGGAGUGGCAGUUAUUGGACCCGUCUCAGAAGGACCUGUACAAGGAGGUGAUGUUGGAGAACUACAACAACUUAGUAUCAGUAGGGUACCCCGCUACCAAACCAGAUUCAGUCUUCAUGUUGGAGCAAGGAGUACCACCAUGGAUAGUGGAGGGAGUAAUCCACAGUGGGACCAGUCCAGAAGAAAUAUGGGCAACUGACCAAAUGCAGUGGCAACCAGAAAACCAAAAUGAGCUUAAAAGUUUGGAAAGAUGUCAGCAAAAUUAUGCAUUUGGAAAUAAUCUUGACUUAAGCAAAAAUCUAGUUCCUGUAAAACAAAAACAGAAUACAUUUGGUUCACAUUGUAAAAGUUUGAAAUCUCCUUUAGAUUUUGUUAUUCAAAAUAGAAGAGAUGCAGAAAAGGAUUCUGAUGAGUUUAGUGGAUAUGCGAAAUCAUCUGUCCACAUGAAGCAUGAUAGAACUUUUCCUGGAGUUAAGUACCAUGGAUGUAUUAAACCCAGUAGCACGAAGUCACAGCCUAAUGACCACCCAAAAACUUAUACAGGAGAGAAAGCACAUGAAUGCAGUAAAUGUGGAAAAGCAUUCUCCAGGAAGGCACAACUUAUUAGACAUCAGAAAACUGAAAGAGGAGAGAAACCCCACAAAUGCAAUGAUUGUGGGAAAACAUUCAUGAGGAAGAUUCAGCUCACUGAACAUCAGAGAGUUCACACAGGGGAGAAACCCCACGAAUGUAAUGAAUGUAGGAAAGCCUUCUCCAGAAAGUCACAGCUGAUGGUACAUCAGAGAACUCAUACAGGAGAGAAACCGUAUGUAUGCAGUGAAUGUGGAAAAGCCUUCAUCAGGAAGUGCCGACUCAACAGACAUCAGCAAUCUCAUACUGGAGAGAAACUCUAUGGAUGCAAUGAGUGUGGGAAAGCCUUUUCCCAGAAGGCAUACCUCAUUGCACAUCAGAGACUCCACACAGGAGAGAAGCCUUAUGAAUGCAGUGAAUGUAGAAGAACCUUCUUUUUUAAAUCAGACCUGACAAAGCAUCAAAGAAUUCAUACAGGGGAGAAACCUUAUGAAUGUAGUGAGUGCGAAAAAGCCUUCAGAAGCAAAUCAAAGCUCAUUCAGCAUCAGCGAACUCAUACCAGAGAGAGACCGUAUGGAUGCAGUGAAUGUGGCAAAGCUUUUGCCCAUAUGUCAGUCCUCAUUAAACAUAAGAAAACUCAUAGCAGAGAGAAAGCAAUAAAUUCACUAAAGGUGAGAAAACCUUCCUCAGGGAGUCAUAGCUCUUUAUACAUGAGUGAACUCUUACAAGAGCAAAACCCUGUGAAUACGGCACCCAUGGAACUGUCUUCUGCAGGAACUCAGCCCUUAUUGAACAUCAGUGAGCUCCUAGGGGGUAGAAAUGUAGUGACUGUAGAACAGCCCUUUUCAAGAAGUCCAGCCUUGGUAAAUAAUCGGGAAUUUCCCCAGGAAAUAAACCUUGUAAAUGCAGUGAAUGUGACAAGACCUUCAGUAAUAAAUUAUGUCUUGUAUGUUACAGAUACUAUAUAGAGGAAAAAAACUUUGGAUACCAGAAAUGUGAAAAAGCCUUUUUAGCAAGGAUUCCCUACACACUGUAUAUCAGAGAGCUCAUUUAGGACAGGAACACUGUAUACAGUUGGUGUUGAGGAGCCCUCUGUGGUUAGACUUAUUAAACAUCAGUUAGAUCAUACUGGGUAGAAAUGUAGCUUAGUUGGGUAAGCCUUUGCCUGGAGGUAAGAUCUCCAUUGCUGUCACACAUUCUUACAGGUCCAGAACCUUAGGAAAGAAUAUGAUGGUGUUUUCACUAAUAAAUUUUACCUCAUUACAUGUCAGAGAAACAUAAAAAAUUCAGACACUGAAUGUGGAAAACAUUUUUGAUAAAAUGUGGAAGAACUCAUAAAAGAGAAACUCCUGAAAGCAAUAAAUUAUGGAAAUUCUAUCACCAGUCUAACUCAUAUAUCACAUACCUUGGGAAUCUGGAAAAAGCUUCUCCAAUAAAUUAACUCUUUGUGAACACCAGGAAUUGUGUAAUGAAAAACCAUGAUAUAGUAAAUGUGGAAAUACAACUGUAUUUUUAUUAUU